AUGGAAGAAGAGAAAUGUGCGACGUGUCGAGAUUUGGAGAAAUUAUCGAAUCUCUCGAUUUGUGAGACAAAUUUGCUAAGGGAAAAUCCGACAAAUAAGGCAUUUUAUACCAAAAAUCAGAUAUCGAAAGCGACAAUUUGUGAGAAUUGUCAGAAAGAUCAUCCAUGGAAUUGCACUCACACAAAAGCUCUCAAAUUCAAACAUACGAACACAAAAAACCGAAUCGAGACCAUCAAAAUGUUGCCGAAAAAAUUGACCGAUUUGAUGGUUAAAAUUGAAGAAGGGAUACGACAAUUUGCACAAACCCUCGAGAUGGAAAUUCAAUCAGCCGAACAAAUCACGGAUCCGAUCGAAAUGAAUCAAAAGUGCAACCUACUCGAGAAUAAGAUCGAGGAGUUCACACAGCGAUUUGAACAAUUCGAGCAAUUCCCCGAAUUCUUCAACCGUUUAACGCCUAGCAUUCAAAAGCCUAAAGAUGAAAUGACAGAAAUGGUCGAAAAAGUGGCAUUGUCGAGUUUGGAGGAGAAUUUGAACCACGAGAAAUACCGAGAUUCCACCUGGGAUUUGGGAACUCAUUUGACAAAAGAUUCAUCGAGACAUCCACAGAUCAAACCUCCACCCGGGUAUUUGCCGUCAUAUCGCUUACAAGAUAUUUGCCAUCAAUCAACAUCCGAUCACUCAAGUGUUACCGGAUCGGAUUUGCCGAGUUUUAGAGAAGAUCAAUGGUCGAAAGUGGGUAAUAAUCGGGAAAAACUCGUCUCUCCACACACAUCAGGAUCCGAAACACCAACAAAUCAAACCCAUCCAUCAUUCAGCCCAGAUGAGAUACAAUAUACAGCGGCACCGCCAAUCAACUACGACUACAUAAAUGCGGCGUAUCAAUUGGAGAAUGCUAUCAGAAAAAGAUGGCACAUUAAGAUCUGGGGACUGAACUCCAAUGGAGAUGAGAUCACUUUUCGAAUCGAAAACAAAAGUGAAACGCCGAUGUUGAUCAAAUUCGAACAAUGGACACCUGGGAUGAUCAUUCGAUUUAAGGGAAGCAAUGAUUAUCAAGAGAAGAAAGAAUAUCGACGAGCCUUCGAAUUGCCGGCUCAUAAAUCGGAAGUGGUCAAGAUCAUGAUAACGGAUCGAGUUCGCAAGUCGCUUGAUGAGUACAACAAGGCUCCAUUUGUUCGUUUUCAUGGAAUCGGUCAACUCAUGGGAACCAGAUACAAUUUCGUUGUUCGGACAAUCAAUUGUAAUUUAGAGAAAGAUCAAUGGAAACCCGUUGAAAUA